GAGCCCGUCCCAGAGAGCCUUGGGGAGAGGAGGAAAGAUGGUCCCUGGCUGCCAUGGAGGGUGACAGCCCAGCUUGUGGCUGAUGCCUCUGGAGUGACUUGUGCCUUGCUGUGUCUGGAAUAACGAUACUUUGAUCUGAGAGGAAAUCUAAGUGCAGACAGAGUGGGCCGACCAGGCAGGAUGAUCCCGGUGGCCGAGUUCAAGCACUUCACCGAGCAGCAGCCUGCAUUCAAGGUACUCAAGCCUUGGUGGGACGUGCUGGCUGAGUACCUCACCAUGGCAAUGCUCAUGAUCGGGGUCUUUGGCUGCACCCUCCAGGUGACGCAGGACAAGAUUAUCUGUCUGCCCAGUCAUGAACCCUGGGAGAACUCAACAGAGGCCCCGUGCCAGCAACUGCUGCCGCGGGGGGUCUCUGAGCAGAUGGGGGGCCUCCGGGAGGUGAAUGGACUCAAGAACAACCUGGACCUGCAGCAGUACAGCUUUAUCAACCAGCUGUGCUACGAGACGGCCCUCCACUGGUACGCCAAGUACUUCCCCUACCUGGUCGUCAUCCACACCCUCAUCUUCAUGGUCUGCACCAGCUUCUGGUUCAAGUUCCCAGGCACCAGCUCCAAGAUUGAGCACUUCAUCUCCAUCCUAGGCAAGUGCUUUGAUUCGCCAUGGACAACGCGGGCCCUGUCUGAGGUCUCCGGGGAAAACCACAAGGGCCCCGCUGCUGGACGAGCAAUUAUGACCGUGGCCAUGGCAAUGGGGGCCGGGCCGGGGAAGGCAGGUGAGGGUGAGAAGGAGAAGGUCCUGGUAGAGCCUGAGAAGGUGGUGACUGAGCCACCAGCUGUCACCCUACUGGACAAGAAAGAGGGUGAGCAAGCCAAAGCCCUGUUUGAGAAGGUCAAGAAAUUCCGGGUGCAUGUGGAAGAGGGUGACAUCCUGUAUUCCAUGUAUAUCCGGCAGACAGUGCUCAAAGUAUGCAAGUUCCUUGCCAUCCUGGUCUACAACCUCAUCUACGUGGAGAAGAUCAGCUUCUUGGUGGCCUGCAGGGUAGAGACCUCAGAGGUCACGGGCUAUGCCAGCUUCUGCUGCAACCACACAAAGGCCCACCUCUUCUCCAAGCUGGCCUUCUGUUAUAUCUCCUUUGUGUGUGUCUAUGGGAUCACCUGCCUCUAUACGCUCUACUGGCUCUUCCACCGGCCCCUCAAGGAGUACUCCUUCCGUUCCGUGAGAGAGGAGACAGGCAUGGGUGACAUCCCUGACGUCAAGAACGACUUUGCCUUCAUGCUACACCUCAUUGACCAGUACGACUCGCUCUACUCCAAGCGCUUCGCCGUCUUCCUCUCCGAGGUCAGCGAGAGCCGCCUGAAGCAACUCAACCUGAACCACGAGUGGACGCCCGAGAAGCUGCGGCAGAAGCUGCAGCGCAACAUCUGGGGCCGGCUGGAGCUGGCCCUCUGCAUGCUCCCAGGGCUGCCCGACACUGUUUUUGAGCUCAGCGAGCUGGAGGCACUCCGGCUGGAGGCCAUCUGCGACAUCACCUUCCCCCCAGGCCUCUCGCAACUAGUGCACCUGCAGGAGCUCAGCCUGCUGCACUCACCUGCCAGGCUGCCCUUCUCCUCGCAGGUCUUCCUGCGGGACCGGCUGAAGGUGAUCCGCAUCAAGUGUGAGGAGCUGCGGGAGGUGCCCCUCUGGGUGUUUGGGUUGCGCAGCCUGGAGGAGCUGCACCUCGAGGGGCUCUUCCCCCCAGAGCUGGCUCGAGCAGCGACCCUUGAGAGCCUCCGGGAGCUGAAGCAGCUCAAGGUGCUGUCCCUGCGGAGCAAUGCUGGGAAGGUGCCUGCCAGCGUGACUGACGUGGCCGGGCACCUGCAGCGGCUCAGCCUGCACAACGAUGGGGCCCGCCUGCUUGCUCUCAACAGUCUCAAGAAGCUGGUGGCAUUGCGGGAACUGGAGCUGGUGGCCUGCGGGCUGGAACGCAUCCCCCACGCCAUCUUCAGCCUCGGCGGGCUGCAGGAAGUCGACCUCAGGGACAACCACCUGCAGUCCAUCGAGGAAAUCCUCAGCUUCCAGCACUGUCGCAAGCUGGUCACACUCAGGCUAUGGCACAACCAGAUCACCUAUGUCCCUGAGCACAUACGCAAGCUCAGGGGCCUCGAGCAGCUCUACCUCAGCCACAACAAGCUCGAGGCCCUGCCCACCCAGCUUGGCCUGUGCUCCAGCCUCCGCCUGCUGGACGUCUCCCACAAUGGGCUGCACUCCCUGCCUCCUGAGGUGGGCCUCCUCCAGAACCUGCAGCACCUGGCUCUCUCCUACAAUGCCCUCGAGGCCCUGCCGGAAGAGCUCUUCUUCUGCCACAAGCUGCGGUCAUUGCUCCUGGGCUACAACCACCUGAACCAGCUUUCACCCUACGUGGGGGCCCUUGGGGCCCUCAGCCGCCUGGAGCUCAAAGGCAACAGGUUGGAGGCACUGCCAGAAGAACUCGGCAACUGUGGGGGGCUCAAGAAAUCAGGGCUCCUGGUGGAGGACACCCUUUACGAGGGCCUGCCUGCAGAGGUGCGAGAGAGGAUGGAGGAGGAAUGAAGCCAGGGUGGGGCACACUGAGGGGGUGGGAGGCCUUUGGAGGCUUCCACCCCAAAAUCUAACCACUGACUUCAAGGAGGGUGGCCAUGUGGGUCCAAGCCAGGAGAGGAGGGACAACAUGUCAGCUUUUUAAGGCCCAGGCAAGAUGCUGGGACUGGUUUGUCUGGGGAGAGACAGAAAUGUUGUGGAUUAACUCAGUCAUGGGAUUCCCAGGCCAAAACCACACCUGUGUCUUUGGCUAGCCGGCCUGCCCCCAGCCCUGGGCCAGAAAUGCUACUUACCCUCCCCCUGCAUAUCGCAGCUCAGUUAGUGCCAUAUUUGGAGGUGGGGGCACAACCCAGUGGGAUUUCCAAUCCUCUCUACCCCAAAAAACAGCUUACAUCAGGGGUUCUCUCCCAAGGAGGGAACACAGAGACAAGGGACGAUCCCCUCUCCCCCACUUUGAAGCUAAUCUCUUAUUUAUCAGUUGUUUGCUGUGGACAUGUGAUCUCAGAACAAAGAUUCUCAUAUUUGGCUAUGCAUCAGAAUCAACUGGAGGGUGAGUGGGAAACAACAUCCCAGGUUCCAUCCCUGAAAGACUCUGACUCAGGAGGUCUGGGUGGGGCCAAGAAACUGCUUGUUUAACAAGCACCCCAGGUAAUUCUGAGGCAGGUGGUCCUGUGUUGGGAAACACUGAACCUGCAGAAUAGAUAUCUGAAAAUAUCCAGAGCAGGGAUUCUGAAACCUUUUUUAGGGUCCUAGAACCUUUGAGAGUAUGAAAGCUAGGCACCUCCUUCCUCAGGGAAUUUGCAUGUACACAUACACAUUCUGUAAACAACUUCAGGCAGAUUCUCCUGAAUGUUAUUCCCGGACUUCCCAAGGUCAGCAGAUCCAGGUUAAGUAGCUAUGCAGGCUACAGUUUCUAAGGACAGUCAGGGACUCUGUCUUUUGAAUGUCCUUGGAAAAAGGAGUAUAUACCAGUGAGUGCUUAAUAAA